AUGUUCAGGAGAGUCGCAGCAGCAGUGCCUGCCCAGGCCGGAAGAGUGCUCGCAACCGCCGCCAGGCCCAGCAUCGUUUCGCCCAUUCGCACAGCAGCCCCUGCAGUUUCAGCAGUCGGUCGGCGGCAGUACCACGAGAAAGAUAAGUGCCCCAUACUGUUUGUUCGAGAAGUCGACGUGGUGGCGAUAAAGGCGUUCCAUGACAAUCACCUCGUCAUCGCACCACCAUUUCCGACUUAUAUCCCACUGCUCGAUCACUACAACAAGCCACGCAAUGUUGGUUCCAUGUCUAAGACCGAUACCGACGUCGGUACUGGACUCGUCGGCGCGCCCGCGUGUGGCGAUGUCAUGAAGCUCCAGAUCCGUGUCGACCCUAACAACAACACCAUCAGCGACGUCAAGUUCAAGACCUUCGGCUGCGGUAGCGCGAUCGCUAGCUCAAGUUACCUCACAGAAUUGGUUCGGGGUAUGACACUGGAGGACGCAUCGAGGAUUAAGAACACAGAGAUUGCAAAGGAGCUUUGCCUACCACCUGUAAAGCUACAUUGCUCCAUGCUUGCUGAAGAUGCCAUCAAAUCCGCAAUCUCCAACUACUACACGAAGAACCCCAACGCACGGCAAACAGACCUUGGCGGCAAGUCUGCGCCGCUGCCAAAGGUUGAGAUCGAGACCGUUUCCUCUGCAACGGCCUAA